AUGCAUAUUGUUUGGGCCCUACUUCUUCUCACUCUUGAAAGUGCUCCUGGGUGCUCAUGUCUUCCCACGAAUGGAAAUUCAAUUCAAAAUACAGUGGACAGCUUAAUAUACAUAGCUCAGACAACCCUGGUGCACAUUAAAGAACUACGGACAAAUUUGCCGGUGGCUACACAUAUAGAAGUCCGAACUCCUUCCAUUGAUGGACUAACAAGCAUCAGCCGUGACCUCGGUCUUUUGACCAUUGAGCUGCAGAACCUCUUCACAGAGCUGCUCAGUCAGAUUCAGGCCGACGUCUCCAGUUUGGAGGGACUGGUGAGGUACUUCGCUCAGACGAUGGGCUGUCCCAUCCAGGCCAGACCUCGAGGAACAGCCACGGUACAUUUGUUCCCGGACAGUCAAAUAUCCAUGACUCUGAUGAAGGUGCAGUGCUAUCUGGACACGUUACUUCUCCACAAGGACAAACUCAAGGUCUGCUGA